UAAAUGGCAACGUGAGAUUAGAAUCAAUGCUAAAGUUUUUUCUCUUCACGAUGGACCCCCAUAUGCAAAUGGUGUGCCUCAUUUAGGUCAUGCAAGGGGAUAAAAUUCAUUAUCAACCUGGCUGGGAUUGCCAUGGUCUUCCAAUAGAAAUGAAGGCAGUAAAUAAUUAUGGCAAGCACAAAGUUUCUAAUCUGAGGCGUUUAUGUAAAGAAUAUGCAUUGGCAGCAAUUGAGAAACAAAAAGAGGCAUUUCAAAUUUGGGGAGUCAUGGCAAACUGGAAGGAUUGUUAUUAUACCUUUAAUAAUCAUUAUGAAUCCAAUGAAAUUUUGAAUUUUUUCAAUCUUUUUACAAAAGGUUAUAUAUUUAAAAACUUUCUUCCAAUAUAUUGGUCUCCUUCAUCAAAGACAACUUUAGCAGAAUCUGAAUUAAUUUACAAAGACAAUCACAUAAGUAAGUCUAUGUAUGUUGCCUGCAAAAUUGCUUCCACACCCUGUUCAAAUUUUAAAAGCUCGCCUUUAUAUGCUAUUAUAUGGACAACAACACCAUGGACACUUCCUUUUAAUCAAGCGAUUACUUAUAAUAAUAAUUUUGAAUAUGCUUGUGUCAAAUUUGGCAACGAUAACAAUCAUUAUAUACUGUUAAAAUCAGUCGUAAAUAAAUUAGAAGAAAAGUUAAAUAUUAAAGCAGAAAUUGUAAAUAUAUUUAAAGGUAAUUUAUUAAGAGAAAGUACAUAUUUUUGUCCAUUUCCUUUCAAUAACUCCGAAAAAAUUAGUGUGUUGUUGCAUGACGAUGAAGUUCAAAAUGAUAAAGGCACAGGGCUGGUUCAUAUAGCGCCAGCACAUGGACUUAAUGAUUUUCAAAUUGCCUCAUCGCAUAAACUUAAUACGGAAUGCCACAUAGAUGAAGAUGGAAGAUACAAAAAAUUGGAAACUUCAUAUCUGAAUAAACUUCCCAGGAUUUAUAAUGAUUUAAUGGGCUUGAGUGUGACAUCAGAAGAAACCACAAACAUAAUUACUAACAAUCUCCAUAAAUUUAGCAUAGAAAAUAUAUUCCAUACAACCAAUGAUAAUAAUGACGAUAGCCUUAACAAUAACACUGGCAUAAAUAUGCAUUUAGAAAAUUAUACUCAUUCCUACCCUUAUGACUGGCGCACUCAUCAGCCUGUUAUCGUUAAAACUAGUCAUCAAUGGUUUUUCGAUACUUCCAAACUUUUGAACAGUUAUUUAUCCGUUUUAAAUAAUUCGAUCAAUUUAAGUAAAAACACAUCUUCCUACCCAACCCAUGAAGUCGAUAAUAUUUCAUUAAAUUUUGGGAUGCAAGCUAGUGCCAAAAAAAUGUCUGAUUCCUUUUCAUCUCGAAAAUAUUGGUGUAUUUCGAGGCAAAGAGUUUGGGGAGUUCCUAUACCCGUGUUUUAUAUUUCCCUCUUGAGACAAAAUAUAAAUAAAUCGAAGAUUUAUGAACCUAUACCCUGUAAUAAUAACGCUUCAAAUGAAGGGCACGCAACAAGCUACACAAUUUUGGACGAUAAAAUUUCUUUAAUCGGUAAAAGUAUAAUCUUACACUUAUGCGAAUUGUUUAAGUCUCACGGAUCAGAUAUUUGGUUCGAUUCUGACAUCGAAGCCUUAUUACCGAAGCAUCUAUUAAAAGAUUAUUUGGCAUCUAGCAAUUUAACUGGUGUUAUGCUAAAUUUGGGAAAUUUUAACCAACUUCCUGAUGAUAAAUACGAGUUUUCAAUUGAUGCCGCCCAGAAUCCGGUUACAGACGAAAAAGAUUAUUAUGUUGUAUCUGUUAGGAUUCCAAGUCGGGACGUCUUAACUUUUAAGAUCGAAAGAAAUACAGACAUAUUUGAUAUAUGGUUUGACAGUGGACUGACUUGGUCAGGAGUUUUAGGAAAUGAAACUCGUUCUGAUGUAGUAUUGGAAGGUAUAGAUCAACAUACAGGAUGGUUUCAAUCUUCCCUAUUGACCAGGAUGGCUUUGAAAGAUACGUUGACCCUAAGUAGCCGACCGCCUUAUAAAACAGUCUUAGCUCAUGGUUUUGUCGUGGACGAAUAUGGGGCCAAAAUGUCCAAAUCUAAAGGCAACGUCAUCUCCCCAUCUCUAAUAACCCACGGAGUUGAUGAUUAUCAAGACCUUGAAGUUUCAACAAUCACGACCAGGAAGCCAAAAAUGCAAGCUUAUGGUGUAGACGUUCUCAGGUGGUUCGUAGCAUCUCAUUCCAACUUAGCCACUAUUCCCUUUUCUAUUGACGCAUUAAAUAAUGCUAAAAGCAAGAUUGCCAAGAUUCGAAAUAUUAUCAAAUUCUUACUAGGUGCAUCCGAUUUUAAAUAUUUAAACAAUUCUCUCACGAUUCUAAGCCAAUAUUCACAAAAUUUUAUUCUAUCAAAUUUAACUAUGUUUGAUCGUUAUGUCCUAGCCGAAACAAUAGAUUUCGGAAAAUUUAUCAUCGAUAAAGCUUAUAGAAGUUAUCAAAUAGACAACGUUUGCAGGGAGAUUAUUAAAUUCAUUGAUACGUUUAUAUCGGCCUUUUUUAUUAAUGGCAUUAAAGAUAGACUUUACUGCGGUAUUUCUCCCUCUUAUAAUAACAUCCUAAAAGAGGAAAGUGGUGAUUGUAAGAAUAAUAAUAAUAGAGUAACAUUUGAACAAUUAAUGAAUUCUGCAAACAUAACUUCCUAUAUUGUUUUACAAUUCCUAGUGAGAUAUCUGGCUCCCUUAAUGCCACAUUUGGCUGAGGAAAUUUCUUUGCACCAACCUUUCAAUAAGGAUUCAUCCCACAUAUUAGCCUAUAAUGAUUUGAUAGCCAAUGCUAACUUAAAAAAUCGCGAUAUCGACACCACUAAUUUUUAUGCUUCUAAUUCUUAUAAUAAGAAUAAUAAAGACACUUUUCUAUACAGUGUUUUUAGGGAACCGUCUUGGAUCACGAUUACUAAUGAGUUUUCUGAUAGCGAAAAAGAGGGCAAAAAUAGUCAAAAUCUUAGUUAUGGUAGUCAAAUAUUAGAUAAAGAUAUUAGGUUGGCAUUCAAGUUAGCAUCAGCACUUAAAACGCCUUAUAACAAAUUAAGAUCUCAGAUGACGCAUGAUGAAAAGACUUUGGAUUUAGUGAUAUCUUUGGAUCCGCUAUUAUUUAAUUAUGUAAAGUUGUUGCAACCUACGGAGGAAAAAUCAUGCCAUUCCGAUUUAUUAGAAAUAUUUAAUACAUCUAGCAUAACAUUAAAUAUUCUUGAUCCGAAUUCACAAAAUCCUCAAAUUUUAGAUAUUCUUGAACUGUCAGAUUCGGAAGAAUUUAAACCUGUUUUAGGCCAGGAUACAACUUUAAAAUACUCGUUACAUAUUGAACCCUCGUUAAACUCUACCUGUCAAAGAUGUAGGAGGAAGAACUGUGCCCAUAAUACAGAAGUGGAGAAUGGAAUUUUAUGCAAUCGAUGUCAAUAUUAUCUAUAUAAAAACCUUGAUGUUAAGAAAGAUGCUAAUAAUGUUGACAUUAAAAAUGAUAUGUAUGCGUGAUCAUUCAUUAAAUUGUUUCCUAAACUUUACAAUAACUUAAUCUAUACAUAAAAAUGGUAACCUUUCUGCAACUAUCUAAAAUUAUAAAUUAAUUUAAUAUAAUGGAACUCACAUAAAUUUAUAUGAAUUUUGAGUUAUGAUCGGGAAAUUUUAAAUGUCUAACUUAUGAUAAUAAUAUUAUCCGAUAUAAAAGGUGACAAAAUAAUAUGUUUUUAGUAAAUGAUUUUAUAAUUAUAUAGCUAAGAGGUUCCACUUUUGAAAAACAUCAAAGGCCUAGCAUAGCAAAUAAUAAUAACGGAAUGUAUUUUAUUUAUUUUGUGCUUCACAUCUGGGAAUGGAUUUCCUAGCCCUCCCCUGCUUUAACCUUGCGUGCGCUUAUUUGAAGUGAAAAAAUUUAAUUGACAAUUUUCAUAUAUUUUUUUAAAA